CUUCUCACUCUCCAUCUCUCACGGUUCCUGUCUCAGGGGGGUCACCGAGCCGGGAGAGAAAGGAAGUUACCCAUCCACGGCCAAGCCAAGUGGCCUCCACUUGAACGCCCGGCUAAACCCCAGCUCCCUGAACCUGGCUGGCUGGAGCCGCGGCGGUCCCAGACCAGCAGGGGGUUUUGUAUGUCAUGCCCCCACCCCCAAGUUCCCAGUGUGUCCGGAACGCGGGCUUUGCCCAAGUUUGCUGGGUUAUGCCCUUCCCGGAGCCCGACCCGUGGGCCCGGCGGGAGGGGUACAUGAUUGACAGGCUGAACUACAGACUCAUCUCUUACCUUAGGCCGCGGGCGCUGAUUGGCUGCUCGCUGACAUCCUCAAACCCGGCUGCUCUGCGCUGGGCUCGGAAGGGGGGCGACUGCGGGUGGAGGUGCGCUUCUGACAAGCCCGAAAGUCAUUUCCAAUCUCAAGUGGACUUUGUUCCAACUAUUGGGGCCAUCGCUCCCCCUCUUCAUGAUCACGGGCAAACUUCCUCCUCCGCACUGCUUCUAAUGGAGCCCCACCUGCUCGGUCUGCUCCUCGGCCUCCUGGUCGCUGGCACCCGGGUCCUCGCCGGCUACCCAAUUUGGUGGUCCCUGGCCCUGGGCCAGCAGUACACAUCUCUGGGUUCCCAGCCCCUACUCUGCGGCUCCAUCCCAGGGCUGGUCCCCAAGCAACUUCGCUUCUGCCGCAAUUACAUUGAGAUCAUGCCCAGUGUGGCUGAAGGAGUGAAGUUGGGCAUCCAGGAGUGCCAGCAUCAGUUCCGGGGCCGCCGCUGGAACUGCACUACCAUAGAUGACAGCCUGGCUAUCUUUGGACCUGUCCUCGACAAAGCCACCCGGGAGUCGGCCUUCGUGCAUGCCAUUGCCUCUGCUGGCGUGGCCUUCGCUGUCACGCGUUCCUGUGCUGAGGGCACCUCCACCAUCUGUGGCUGUGACUCCCAUCAUAAGGGGCCACCUGGCGAAGGCUGGAAGUGGGGUGGCUGCAGUGAGGACGCUGACUUCGGGGUGCUUGUGUCUCGGGAAUUUGCAGAUGCACGGGAGAACAGGCCCGAUGCGCGCUCAGCCAUGAACAAGCACAACAACGAAGCUGGCCGCACGACCAUUCUGGACCACAUGCACCUCAAGUGCAAGUGCCAUGGGCUGUCGGGCAGCUGUGAGGUGAAGACCUGCUGGUGGGCCCAGCCUGAUUUCCGCGCCAUUGGAGACUUCCUCAAGGACAAGUAUGACAGUGCCUCAGAGAUGGUGGUGGAGAAGCACCGUGAGUCCCGGGGCUGGGUGGAGACACUCCGAGCCAAGUACUCGCUCUUCAAGCCACCCACUGAGAGGGACCUGGUCUACUAUGAAAACUCCCCCAACUUUUGCGAGCCCAACCCUGAAACAGGCUCCUUCGGCACCAGGGACCGGACUUGCAAUGUCACCUCUCAUGGCAUUGAUGGUUGUGACCUGCUCUGCUGUGGCCGUGGCCACAACACAAGGACGGAGAAGCGAAAGGAGAAAUGCCACUGCAUCUUCCAUUGGUGCUGCUAUGUGAGCUGCCAGGAGUGCAUCCGCAUCUAUGACGUGCACACCUGCAAGUAGGAGCCAGGGCACUGGGAACAAGUAAAACGUGUACACGGAUGGGCAGAUUCACUGAAAUCCGAUGGAAAGCAGGAUGUACAGCUGGGCUCAGACCUCAGCCUCAGAGAGCUGGGAAUCUGAUGUUGCCAGAUGCAUGUGCGGUAAAUGACCUGGACCCAACCUGCCCACCUGCUGCCCGGGAGGACUCUCUCCCUCUCUUAUCUUAAGUUUCUCACUUUGAAUGGUGUGUGGUUUUUUUUAAGGAAGGUGCUUUCUUUCUUAGUUCUCUAAGGUCUGAUAGGAACAGACCCAAGGCUUAUCUUUGCACAUGUUAAAGAAAAUAAAAAAUGGAGAAAACAAAACAAGCAAACGAAAGACCUCCAACAGAGCAGGCUGGGUGAAUGUGAGCUAUUGGCCUGGUAGGCAAGACUGUCUCCAAACUUCUUAGGGUGACAUUCCAAGAUGUCUGUGAGGGAGUUAGGAAGUAGGACAAGUCCUUGCAGUCCCCCUUUUCUCUGUCUGUUCACAUUCAAAUUGGAUAGACUUUCACAUUCUGAUAAAAGCCAUAGGUUUAGCUAGGGUCAAGUGGUAGGGACGCCGGAGGCCAUUGUUAUGUAGGAGUUUGGGUUUUGAAGAACUAGGAAUUCUAGGUGACCCAACCAAACUGUUUGAAGAAGAGCUAUGCGUUCUUCUGUCUCAUUUUCUCUGUAGCCUUGUUCUGUGCAAGAGGUUCAUCUGAACUGCAGUUGGAUCUCAAAAUCUUUUUCUACCAUUCUGCAGUUUCCACCAUUAACACAGUAUUUUUUUUUUUUGUAGUGGAUGUUGUAAAUAGGUUAUGUAUUGGGAUGCGUGUAUGUUGGGGAUGUGGGAGCCUUCUCCAGUCCAUAUGUCUCCUUAAAAAGUGGUAUCUUUAGAAGGGGCCAUUGGGUACCCUCACCCACCACCCCUGCCUGCUCCCUAGUCCUGCCCUUUUAGUAAUCCAAAAGCAGUUAGUACAGCAACAGAACAGCAAUCUAUUCCUGAAAUUCCCAUUUUGUGACUGAUAGGUUGGAAGGAUAAAAAUGAUUUCAUUUCCUUUCCAAUAAGAACAGUUCCCCUUUUCUUUCUUUUCCCAUGUGAGUAUAAACAGAAAUGCAAACUUUUGACAGAUCUCCCAGCUUCACAUAUAUGCUGUGAUAGCAUUAAUCCAUGCAGGAUUAUGGAUUAUUAAUCCAUGGAUCCAAGAGGGUAGGGGGUAUGCAGUGUCUCAGACCAGAGUUCUUGCUUCACACUGGGCCCCUAGAGUGUCCUAAUGGAUAUUGCCAAGAUGGAGGCAAGGGGACCUACUAUUACUGAUCAACCCAGCAGCUUUGUCUUAAGGAGACAUGGAAAGAAGAACCACAGCCAGGGGCAUAGAAUAGUCAGAGAUUUCUCUUCCUUUUCUCCCUUCUCUCUUCAGUCUACCUAAUGCUGAUCUAAAAUCCCAGGUCUUUUUGCUUGCUUAAGCAGGCUUGCCAAAACAAUGAUCUAUAGGCCAUGCCUGCACUCUUGAACCUACCAGCAAUGAGCCCUGCUAAUGAUACACAUGCCAUGUCCUCUCUUGAGUUGGAACUACCCCUCCCCAUCUCUCCAUAGACUGAAAAUUUUCUAUCAUGCCAAUGGGACAAUGCUUGCUUUAUGUGAGGGUUAUUUCAACAGAAUGAAUACAAAUUUUGAAAAGUCUUUUCAUAUCUAUGUAUUCUAUAUUAAAAUGAUAAAGUCAUGUUUCUGGGGUGUGUUCAAGUAGCUGAUAAGUAAUUAUUUAAUAAUAGUACAUUGAGUGCAUUGUAAUUAUUCUUGCAGUAGUCAGGUAAUAGUAUCCAACAGAAUUUCCUACCAACCUGCUGUAUCCAAAGUUUUGUAAAAAGUUGUAGAAGUUGUUGAUCUUUUUGAUUUUAUAUUCAAAAAGUCUUUUUAUAAAUAUUAUUUAUUAUACAAUGUAUAUACCUUUGAGUUAACUAAGAUUAUAUAUUAUAUAAAUAUAUAUAUAUUUGGAGAAAAUAUA